AUGACAGAUCCACCGGGCGCCCCGUACAUCGAGGGCUAUGCGGAAGGCGAGACAGUGCGUCGAGGGCAGAGCCUCGAGCUGGUAUGCCGCAGCCGCGGUGGCAACCCACCUGCUCAACUCAUCUGGUACAAGAAUGGCGAGCAGAUCAGAAUGGCUUACAGGACAAGCGGUCGGAUGUCUGAGAACGUACUUUCGUUUAAGGCGGACGCCUCUGACAACAAGGCCCGGUAUACCUGUGAGGCUAAAAAUGUCAUGAUCAGCAACACCCUGAAGGCUGAGAUCGAUCUCACUGUGCUAUUCGCCCCUUCGCACGUGACGAUCUCAGGCCCAUCAGAGGCGAGGGUCGGGGACCCAGUUCCUCUGAGCUGCAGCACGGCUCCCUCCAACCCGGCUGCCGAUAUCAAGUGGCUGGUACUCGGCAAACAUCAUAAGGAGGCUAGCAACAGGACGGUUAUAUCGCCUGAAGGUGGCUGGAUCACGACCUCCAACAUCACGGUGGUGGUGGAACCGAACAGACGGUCCAUCGUCGUGGUCUGUCACGGUAUCAACGCGCAGCUGACUGAGAAUGUUGUCGCCACACACACCAUCAACGUGUUAUAUCCACCGUCAGCGCCGAUGAUCACAGGCUACAUCCCCGGGACGACAUUAGCAGCUGGCACGGUGCAGAAGCUGUCCUGCAUUUCAUCUGGAGGAAACCCCUUGGCUACUUUGACUUGGUUCAAGAAUGAUAAGAAGAUCCACUCGGUAAUGAAGACAACAGACAAGUCAGUCUCAGCGGAGAUCUCCAUCCUUACCAACGUCACAGACAAUCAAGCUCAGUACAGAUGCGAAGCCACCAACAGCGCUACUGAAAUCCCGCUGUUCGAGACCGUCACUCUUAACGUCCAUUUCGCUCCAGAAGCGGUGAAGGUCAGAGCUGAGCCAGACGAGCUGAAGCCAGGAGUAGAAGCCACGUUGUUCUGCGAUGCAGCGUCUAGCAACCCUCCUGCUACGUUGUCAUGGUGGCGUGAUGGGAUACCAGUGCAAGGACUCCCGAUGCAGCUAAAGAAGGGUCUCCACGGCGGCACGGUGUCCACCAUUCAGCUAAGGCUGAACAUCACUAAAGACAUGAAUGGAGCAGUCUACACCUGUCAAGCUAUGAACGAGGCUUUACAACGCAGUGUGCACGAUGCACUGGCUUUGAAGGUUCUUUACGCCCCAAUCUUCGACGAGACCACGCCUGAGACGACUGUGGGCGUGGAGAAUGAGCCUCUGAUCAUAGUCCUACGAGCUGAUGGCAACCCUGGCAGCAUUACUUAUACCUGGACUAAAGAUGGGCUGCCUAUAACGCAGUCUUCUUAUAGCAGUGGCAACGACCGCAUCAUAUCGGAAGGCAGUAUGUUGAACAUGACACGUCUAUCCCGCCACGACGCUGGUGUGUACACUUGUGAAGCUGUCAACUCGCAGGGAGCUGUCACCAUCAACAUCACCGUCAAUGUGCAUUACCCAGCGGGUAUCAAAUCAGUAUCACAAAACGGAAUCGCAAAUCCAAAUGAAGAUGCAAUGCUGUCUUGUACUGCUACUGGUAACCCCUUAACAGCAGAACACAUUCGAUGGGAAAGAAAAGGCUACGACAUAGACGCUAGAAGCGUUACCUUCGACCCAAAGAAUUUAACCAGCUACCUUCUGAUAGAAAAGGCGUCGAGGGAAGAUGUUGGCAACUUCGAAUGUGUGGUAGACAAUGGUAUAGGAGGAGAGACGAGGCAAGAAGCGAUGCUGGUUGUGAAAUUCAAGCCAGAGAUUGAUACCUCGCCUAGUUUAGUCAAGUCUGCUUCGAAUGUUGGCCAAGUUGGCAGAUUGAGUUGUCGAUGCAAAUCAGCUCCACCACCAAACUUCACAUGGUCGAAAAACGGAGCCAAGUUACCAGUUAACACUUCAACCAAAUACUUCGCUGAGUACCACAAAAACGACCCAAUCACUUACACCUCAGUGCUUCUUAUCAAUGAUGUCUCAUCUUCAGACUAUGGAUCUUAUGAAUGUGGUGCAAGAAACGACCUCGGGUUUACUACUACGUCUGUCAAACUGGAUAUUACUAGUGCUCCCGAUCAAGUAAUAUCACUGGCGGUGACGAAUGUUACGUACAAUUCAGUGACGUUGGAGUGGGUGCCAGGGUUUGACGGCGGCUUGCAGUCUUGGUACAGGAUUCGAUACCGCAAAAUUUACGAUGACUCCUACAAAUAUGAGGAUGUAGUCCCGAAGAAUGCGACCUCCUAUACAAUAGGAGGGCUCGAGAGGAACACUGACUAUGUAUUCUCCAUCAUGGCAAUCAACAAGAUUGGUCAGAGCAAAUACAGACCCGAUGACACCAAAGCUACCACACUUACUUCUUCGGAAGUAGGAGAGUUGAACGUAGUAUCGACAGAAUACGUAGAGACGGCAGAUGUUUCAAAAUCUGUUAUAGUAUAUGUGUCCAUCACUGGAGCUGUGUUAGUUCUUAUAAACGCGGCUUUGGUUGCUUGUUUUGUUUUAAAACGGCGAGCUAGACGGCUAAAAGAACAAGCGGGCCAGGCUUCAAAGUCAGCAACUAUUGAGAUGUAUGCUCCAUCCUCAUACAACGACACUAUGACUGGGGAAACCCUCAGUUCUGUCUCAGAGAAAUCGGAGACCUACUCUCAGGAUGAUGGCGAACAACCACCUCCCAUCCCUGAGGUGCCCUCCAUGCCUAAUAGGCACAUGCUGAGUCAGCAAACCGAUGCUUACCUGAUGGACGAUCAAGGACUGGUCAUUCCACCGCCUCUUGACUACCCACCCCCUAACUACGCCGUGUAUGAAGGUGACCACGCCAGGACCCUGCCUCAUCCCCACCGACAUAAGGACAUCACCGGGCAUAGCACCCUGGGAAGAAGUGCUGGCAAACAAAACUAUGUGCCUGCCCCGAGCCCGAUGCCGCCUCUGGACGGCUCCUACUACAAUAUGGCGUCUGACAGAUACCUCAGUUAUCCCCCGCUCAUCGGAGAGUACUUGCACCAACAGCAACAAGGGCGUACGCCGACCCCGCCACAGCAGUACGGGGCGCAGCCGCUCAGCAAGCCGCACCUCAUGAACGGAGGCGUGUCUGGAGGCUCCCCCUCGCACAUUGCCAGCCCGCCGCACAGCUACGGGAUGGAUGUAUCUCUAGAUAGACAAUCGACCGGUGGGACACUAAGACGACAGCGACUGGACAAGAUGGCCGUUCCCCCUCCUGACGUCACUGUGCUGCAUCAGGGUAACUGCGCUCAGCACCAGAUAACUCAAACUCCUGCUCCGGUCAAGCAGCCCCAGUCUAUAUUAAAAGACCCAUCAAGACACAAAUAUGGUAACCAAUACGGGAGCCCAGUGUCUUCCUCUACCCCUCAGAGCAACUCCAGUCAAAUUCUCACUGUCCAAAACCUUACAUCAGAUGUGCCCCAGUACGGGACAAUUAGAAAAGAAAACAAAAAACAAAACGUAACCAUAGACGAAUCCUACAAUAAGAGAAGUGAAACCCACGUCGUAUAAGUGUUUAAAAAUGGAGAACUUAGUUUAAAAACUGGAGAAACAAACUUACUUGAAAAAGUGACUUAAAACGCGGAAAAGUGACUUAAAGUUUACGAAUGACUUAUGGAGAAUACGAAUUAAAUGUUGAAGAAACUCGUUUAAAGUGUUUCAGUGCGCGGUUGUUGAGUUGUAAAUAUGUGGACUAGUUAAAAAUUGUAGAUAGAAUUAAAUUCAUUGAAUGUGAUACGAAUGAACGAACUUUUAAAGGUAUAGUCCAUGAUUAGAUAGAAAAGACAUUUUAUUAUACGAAUACGAAUGGUUUUUCGUCCGAAAAUCGUGUUGUUUGGACGUAUCUGGUUGUAAUUAAAGUUAAAAUUACUGUUCGACUGACUUAUCAUUAAUAAUUGUAAUGUAAUGUUAGGAAAGGUAACGUCCAAAAUGACAUAAGUUGAAAUAAAGACAUUUUUAAUUGUCCAAUCGUAUUAAUAAUUUCUAGAAUUAUAUUUAGGUAGUAAUUGAAAUUAUAUUUUGAUUUCUCAUUUUCCGAUUGAAUUUAUUAAAUUGUUUAAAUAAUAAAUAUGAUUCCCAUGACGGAUCUCUUUUUUAAUUAAGUUUUAGAUAUUUGUCGUGUUAAGGAAAGUGUUUUUCGAAAUUUUAUUGAUGGGAAAAUUUUGAAUUUGCCCCGACGAGAAUCGUCGUUUGUUUCUAGAAUUGUUCUCGGAAUAAUAGAAGUGCAUUUAUUGUUAUUUAGAUAAUUAUCUGUUUGUAUUAAACACUGUGUUACUUACAACAGUAUGGCGUCGUUUUAAAUAGUGUAUUCACAUCUAGUAUAUAUCACACCUUAUUUUAUUCUUGCAUUCCUUUUCACUUCUUUUCCUUCAAGAGUAAUUUCUGUCUUAACUGUUUAGAUAUAAAAUAAAAUAAUUUUUACACCGCGAAUUAUAAAACACCUAUGAUUUAUAGAUAAAAAACAGGUACUUAAUAUUAAUAAACUACCAACUACAUUAUGUUUUUAUUUUAAUUACAUCUGUCAAUUAUAGUUGUUUUAAAAAUAGCCAGGAAAUACAAUGCUACGGUAACACAGUGUUUGAAUUAAGAAUACGUAUACUGCCUAUUCGACAAUGUCUUUUUAAAAUUUUGUAUAUUUUAUUUUUUAAGAAUUUUUCUCUGCAUUUUACCGAAAGUGUAAAUAGAAAAAUAAUACUCAAUCGCGAACUGACAAUAAUAUAAGUUUCUUUUUAAUUAUUUUUAAUUAUACCCCCGCUUAUGAUACGAUUGUAAAUAUAUUAAAUUGUAAUUUUUCUAUUACAUUAAUAGCUUUUCUACUCCAAAAUUUAAUCGGUUUAAUACAGAUACCAAAGUUUUAUUAAUUUUAUUUUUAAGUUAUUAAGCAACUUAAUUAUUUUUAUU